CAGUUCUCUAAAGCUGAGAGCUCAAAGCAAUGAAGCUGCUGGUGCCUCUCCUGCUGGUCGCUCUGGCCCUUGGCUGCUAUGAGGCUGAUGCAGCAGCCUGUCCAGCCUUUGUUCUUGAUAGCGUAGGCUUCUUAUUUGAUCCGAAACCUGUUUAUCGACAAAAACUAGCAAAAUACGAUGCACCUCCAGAAGCUGUUGAGGCGAAAUUGCAAGUGAAGGAAUGCACGGAUGAGAUUGACAAAGGAAAAAGAGUGCUAAUUGCAGCAGUGCUGACCAAAAUAGUGAAAGAAUGUGCCUUGUGAAAUCUGGACAUCAUUUGACUGUGGUUUCAUCGUCUCUACUGGAUAGCCUAAUCGAGUGUAAACUGUAAGGGUUUCAACGUCUUGCUUAAUAAAUUACUUUCCCUGC